AUGCAUUUCAUAUUGUUUGGCUCAGGUUUCCAAACGUGGGAAUAUUCUCCAGUUUAUGCCAUUCGUUCUUAUGCUUACUUGGCUCUACAUUCCUUUCCCUUGCGCAUAUAUAAUAUUCUUAAUGUUAACAAGAUUUUCUUGUUUUACUUUCUACGAUGCAUACUGGGAAUUAUUUGUGCACUUGCAGAACUUUAUUUUUACAAAGGAGUCUGCAAACAGUUUGGUGCCAAAAUUGGCCAGCUUAUGUUGUGGUUAAUGUUAUUUAGCACAGGCAUGUUUAUUGCUUGUUCUUCAUUCCUACCCAGCAGUUUUUCCAUGUACCUUACUAUGGUUGCUAUGGGAGCUUGGUUUCUUAACAAUACUCAUAUAGCAAUUUUGGCAGUUGCUGCUAGUGCUAUUAUAGGCUGGCCUUUUUCUGCUGCACUUGGGAUACCAAUUGCUUGUGAUAUAUUGGUGAGACAAAAAAAAACAAGUUAUUUUAUUUACUGGUGUGUAAUUGCUUUGGUUCUUUUCUUGGUUCCAGUUGUGAUCAUUGACAGUUAUUAUUAUGACAAAUUAGUUAUUGCACCAUUAAAUAUAAUCAUGUAUAAUAUUUUUACAGAACAUGGUCCAAAUAUUUAUGGUGUAGAACCCUUUUCAUUUUAUUUUCUAAAUGGCUUCUUGAAUUUCAAUGUUGCUUUUCUAUUUGCUUUCCUUUGUCUUCCAAUAUCUCUUUUACUAAAGGUUAGCCAAAAACAAGCACAAAACUCAGGUUUAUCUCUAUGGCUAUCAAUGUCACCGAUGUUUAUUUGGAUUUUCAUCUUUUUUACAAGGCCCCAUAAGGAAGAGCGUUUCCUUUACCCAAUUUAUCCUUUUUUUGCCUUGGGAGGGGCUGUGGCUGUCAUAUAUAUUGAGAGUACAUUUUGUACAUAUUUUUCAUCUAAGAAAGCUACAUGCAACCUGUCAUUUAACUGUCAUUACCGUACUGUAACAGUUGUUUUUACCACUGUGUUUACAUUAUUAUCUUUGUCAAGGAUUUUUCAACUAUAUGAAGGUUACCAUGCCCCAAUAGAUGUGUAUCUGGAGUUGAAUCAGAUUGCUGGAAAUCCUGAUAUCCACACUUUAUCUCCAGACAAAUCUGUUAAUGUAUGUGUUGGCAAAGAAUGGUAUAGAUUCCCUAACAGCUUUUUUCUACCUGAUAAAAAUUGGCAUUUAAGAUUCCUCCAAUCAGAGUUUAAAGGACAGUUGCCAAAGCCAUAUUAUCCUGGACCAGAUUCUACUUCAACAAUUCCAUCUCAUAUGAAUAACAUGAAUAAAGAAGAACCAACACGAUAUUUCAAUGUUAGCAAGUGCCACUAUUUGAUUGAUUUGGAUAUUCCAACUGAGACAGAAUUGGAGCCAAGAUAUUCUGAAAUAAUCAAUGAAUGGAAAAUUUUAUCAUCUUCUAAAUUCCUCCAUUCUUCAAAGUCACAUAGAAUUUACAGAGCAUUUUACAUCCCAUUCAUAUCAAGGAAUCAUUGUACAUAUGUGAAUUAUAAUCUCUUGAUAUCCUUACGCAAUAUGAAGACAUCACAAAAUUGA